AUGUCAUGUUGGACGUACCUUGGCCGUGCUCGAGGUCCUCGAGCGUCCGCGCCGACUGCGCGCCGGUUUUUCGCCAAUUUUUUCAACGACCUGAUCGUAGCAGUGUCUUCCACCGUCGGUGCCCUCAAGACUAGCCAACAGACCCCUCUCAAAAUGUCCCAAGAUAUGUCGCACGUUCCGGAAGCCAUCCGGAUGGUCCUUAUCGGCCCUCCCGGCGCGGGGAAGGGCACGCAGGCGCCCAAGCUCAAGGAGAAGUUCUGCGUGUGUCACCUUGCGACCGGCGACAUGCUGCGCUCGCAGGUCGCCAAGCAGACCGCGCUCGGCGUGCAGGCCAAGAAGAUCAUGGACCAGGGCGGGCUUGUCUCUGACGAGAUCAUGGUCAACAUGAUCAAGGACGAGCUGCGCUCGAACCCCGAGUGCGCCAACGGCUUCAUCCUGGACGGCUUUCCCCGCACCAUCCCACAGGCGCAGAAGCUCGACGAGAUGCUGGUCGCGCAGGGCAAGCCGCUGGACCGCGCCGUCGAGCUCAAGAUCGACGACGAGCUUCUGGUCGCGCGCAUCACCGGCCGCCUGGUCCACCCCGCCUCCGGCCGCUCCUACCACAAGCUGUUCAACCCGCCCAAGGUUGCCAUGACCGACGACGUCACCGGCGACCCGCUGGUCCAGCGCUCCGACGACAACGCCGACGCGCUCAAGAAGCGCCUCGACGCCUACCACGCGCAGACCGAGCCGAUUGUCGACUUCUACAAGAAGACUGGCAUCUGGGCCGGCGUGGACGCCUCCCAGCCACCCAAGACCGUGUGGUCCGACAUCUUGAAGGCUCUCGGCAAGUAG